AAAGAAAAGUGAUUAUUUUGUGAUGAAUGAUUUGAUGUAUCAGAGGCAAAAUUAUGUGAACAAAUAACAACAAAAUUCACCGUCUGAAACACGAAAUGGUACGCUCUUGGUUAAACAGGGAACGCAACCACUCCUUUUAUUGUAGAAUCCUUGAGAACGGUUUGUUCUACAGUUUUAGUUAACGAUGGCCAAAAAGCAGCAGUACCUUGACCUUAAUCAAAGUUUUUAUGUUGGGUCUCGGUUCUGUGAUCUUCAACCCCUUGGGUUUGGUGGUGGGGGCCAGGUGUACUCGGCUGUGGAUGUGGAAGGGGACAAGUGUGUUGCCAUCAAGAAGGUUAUCCUGGCAGAUCAGAAAAACUGCAAGGUUGCUCUUAGAGAGGUUCGAAUCCUUCGUAAGCUUCAGCAUGAGAAUAUUGUCAAGAUCCACGAUGUCCUCUCUCCACCAGACAGCGAUCAUGACAACGUGACCAAAGCACCAGCAGUGUACAUAGUGGAGGAGCUGUUGGAUACAGAUCUUCGUCAUAUCAUUGAUGGAGGUACUCUAACCAAGGAGCACACAAGGCUCUUUAUGUACCAGUUACUGCGGGGCAUCAAGUACCUCCACAGUGCUAAUGUUCUCCAUCGAGACCUAAAGCCAAGUAAUCUUCUUAUUAAUCUGGAAGAUCUAGUUCUGAAGAUAGGUGAUUUUGGGAUGGCCAGAAUUCUUGAUCCCGACUACUCCCACAAGGGUCACCUGACUCAGAACGUUUCAACACGAUGGUAUCGUUCCCCUGAGCUCAUUUUCUGCCCCUCUGACUACACCAAGGCCAUCGACAUGUGGUCAGCUGGAUGCAUCUUCACUGAGAUGUUAACUGGUAAGCCAAUCUUCCCUGGUGAUCAUGACCUAGAGCAGAUGCUUUUGAUCCUUGAGGUGAUUCCGGUGCAAGAGGCCGACUUGGUGGAGGUAGAGGAUUCAAUCCCAAGGAAGAUGCUUAAAAACUACAAGGGCUCGCCCCGCAUUGCCUUAGCUGAUGUGCUUCCAGACAUUGAUCCAGAUGCAUUUGACCUCCUUCAGUCCAUGUUGACUUUCAACCCAAUUGACAGAGCCUCUGCUGAAGAAGCCAUACAACACCCUUACCUCAACAUCUACUCAUGUGCCUCUGAUGAGCCUCAGGAACUGGACCCCUUCCAUGUGGAGUAUGAGGUAGACAACCUGUCUCCAGUGACUCUUCGCAAGAUGAUCUUCAGUGAGACCCAAUUUGUGAUGGAAGUUGAAGACCAGCCUUGUCUUAACUCUCUGGAAUUGGCUGCAACCAAUGAUUUUAAAGAUGACUACAACUGGAAAAUGGAGAUGUUGAGUUUCUCUUCUCGAGACAACUCUGAUCUAGAAUCAGGGGAGGACAUUGAGGAAAAAGUAGUCUUGGAUAAGACUUCACUGAAGGCACCUCCCAAACAUCUGCUUCCUGCCAAGGAGGAGAAUAAUGAGAAGAAUGAGAACGAAGCCAGCGAAAAAUCAGAUGAGGACUGUAAAGAGCAUAAGCUUCUGCUUUGGGAGCAGGACAUGGCUGCAAGGAGCUCUAUGAAGGAUGUACAGGAGAAAGGUGCAACAGAAUCUGACGGAGAAUCAAGCGAGAAAUCUGAAUCAGAAGAUACAAAAUCUGAAAAAGAAGUGGAAGAAGAUGACUUAUCUGCCCAAAAGGAGCAAGUCUUGGGUUCAGUAAGAGAUUCUUCUGAGAAAAACAUCCAAGGGCCUUCCCCUAAAUUUGAUAAAAUUACCAUUUCGAAGAAAAUGGAACAACCUGUUCCAGAGGCCGACUUAAUCAACAACCCGUCUGAAAAGGCAAUCGACGACAAGCUUCAAAAGGAGAAACAGGAAGAGAUCCCUGCAGAUGAAGGCACAUUGGAAGUACAGCUACUGAGUGUGCGGAGAAAGGAACGUGAAAAUAAAGACCUGCCUGACGUACAUGCUCCCCAACUUGCCAACAAUAAGGUGCUCUAUGACGAAGAAAAAACACUUCAGAAAUGCCUUGAGAAGUCUUGCCAACUUGUAGAUGCGAAAGAGAGCCCAAAGAAUAUAAUGUUUUCCUCAAACAAUCACGGCUUAAAACUUCAAGAAAAGUGCAUUGUGGAUAAUCUACCCCCACAAGUGGCCUCAAGCUCCAAUGCAAGAGAACUUUUAUCCAUGACCCAAAGGUCCCACACGACCCCAGACAGUGUAUUGCCAAGACCAACAGGUUUUGAUGAAGUGCUAUUUGUGGAAAUUCCACGAAAUCCGGGGAUCCUAUCAGGAUCCCCACACUCACCCCAGAGACCAGAUGGUGAUAAACCUACCUCUGUGCAUAGUCCUAGAUCCAGGGGGAGUAACUCACCAAGAGAAAAGAGUGUCAGACCUAAAAAACAAGACUGGUUUUACAUGCAUAAAGGCAGUAACCACUGACUCAACCAAUCUUGUUGUUAUAGAUGUACAUGUAUGACCACAACUCUAUCCAAAUCAAUCCACAAUUGUAUAAUUCUGACAGGUAGAACUGUUUUCAAUAGCGGCCACAAGUGGCUUGUACUGAAAUGCCCAUUAAAGGAUUGGGGUACUUUUUUUUUGCACAAAACACAAUGUCCACAGACUUACAUUAAACUAAGGAGAUAAUAGUAUUAGAAGGCUUUCUUUAAAAUAUUACUUGCUGAGGUGCUGUAGUUUUUGAGAAAUAAGUAAAACAAUGUCACAACAACAAAAAUUUGCGCAGUUUUUUAGCAUGUCAAACGUAUUUACCAGUUUUUGUAUUAAAUAAUACGUAUUCUAAUAUAAUAAUUUAUAUUCUAAUAUAAUUCUAAAAUAAUAUUCAUCUCACUGAGAUGAUUUUUUUGUUGUGGCAUUGUUUUGCUCUUUCCUAAAAAACUACACCUCAUCAAGUAAUAUUUUAAGGGAAGCAGUAAUUACCAUUAUCUUCGAACCGUGUAAGUUUAAUGUA